CACUUUCCAAAUCAUGCCGUCUUAUCUUAAGUGUAAUAGAAUCCAUCUAACCCCGUUAGAUACGUACACGAAGAGUGCUCAAAUUCUAAAGCACUUGGACAUAUAACAGGACGGUCGUGUACCAACAAGAAGUAUGUCGACACCGUUCGUGAUUACAUGCUGUAUUAUGUUGAUGAUAUCUUCAGUCCAUAGCCAGAACGCAUGCGCAGACUUGGACACUCAGGCGUGCGUGCGCAUGCAUGCAACGCAACCGGGCCUCUGCGGAACGCCGAUUGCUGAAUCGGCGUGCCCCGAAUACUGUGGAAAAUGCUCCACGCUGCCCCCACAGACAACGACGGUGUUGAUGACAACGACGACAAAGCCGUGUGAGGACAUCGACACGCUGGCCUGUCAAAAGAUGCAACAAAGCAAACCAGACCUCUGCCUCGACGACAGUCUCGCUGAGCUCGCCUGCAAACGAUUCUGUGGAAGAUGCCCUGUGGAGUGUUACUCGUGCCCCACCCUGGUUAGGAGCUUGUCGGAAUGCAGGGCGACGACCACGUGUCAAGUAAGCGAGGCUUGUUACGUGAUGGAAAUCUUUGACUUCGACGCCUCUCAUGGAUUCCGCGCGGGAUGCAUGCCAAAAGACCUGUGCAUUCCACACAAUAACGAGCUGAUGGUUGGUCGAAGUUCGAGCACGGUUCACACCAGCUGCUGUGAUACGGACCGGUGCAACAUCCCGCCAACAACAACUUCUUCAACAACCACCGCGACUACCACUCAUCGAACGCCCAAUCCCCGCUGUUUGGAGCACGAUCACGAUAGUAGCAUCUGUUCUCGGUUGGCUUGUAGCACUCCUGAGAAUAUCCACCAUUGUCCUAUAAAAUGCGGGCUUUGCCAUAAGUAAAUAAAAACCGAAAUACCAAUAGUCUGUAUGAUCGUCUGUGGAAACGGCGUAGGCCCUCCAACAAUAUGACAAUGUUCUAGUUUUUCAAUGACUUGAGGUCAAUUAACAGUAAACUAUAUGUUAGCAUGCUUCUCUAGUUCGUUAAUUUUGCUUAAUUUCUUUUUUAUUUGAGCAAUUUAUUUCGUUAAACAUACACCAGCAAAUGAAACCGAACUGCCGUUUGUACCAAAGCGAGAAAAAAAACGCGCUUCUAGGAAAAACCCUAUAGUUUUUUCUUUGACUCACACGAGGAAAAUGUGUAAAGCAUAGACGAGCAAAGUAAUCAAAGUACAUCGUAACUCCAAAUAAUUUGUUAACGUCUGUAUACCCCCUUAGCCAAUAAUACCUAGACUUAAAUGUGACCUUCAAUUAUUCUGUUUAUUUUUUAAUCGUUGAGGUCCAGUUCUAACAAAAAAACAUGUAAAACUAAAUUUAAUUAAAAUUUAUAUAAUCAAGACUGACGUUUACCGAGAAUCUUAAUUUUAUCAUGCAGAAUUAUGAGCAAACAUUUCAGCAAAGUAUUUUUUUCUCGUAGAAAGCUUUACGCGUGAAUGCGUAUGAGAGGCUAAGGGUUAUCACAAAUAUGGCACCAAACCUCAUCGCUAUAAAUUGCAGUCCACCAAAAAUACAAGAUAAACAUGCAUGUAAGAAGAAAACAGUUUCAUAUGACAUUUAUUUCACCAAAAAUAUUUCGUUUUUUUUUAACAAAUUGAAUUGGGAGUGAAUGGCUUUUUCCCACAUAAGAACCUAUGGAACUUUUUUAAUCAGUUUUUGUAAUUCGUGUAUGAUAAAUGUAGCUUCUGACCUUCCUGUUUAUCUGGAACAAUUUUCAAGCUCGUUUGCGAUAUCAUUAAAAGUUGAUACAAGUUGUAUGCUUAUUUGGGCAAAUUAAUGUGACCAAUAAACUGUUCCCAAGA